CAUAAACGGCGUCCUUAAACCUGCUUCACAAAACAAAAACCCUAUUAUUCCGUCUUGAGUCGUAGAGAGAACAACGCUUCAGAGAUGGAGGAAGAAGAAAACGAGAAGAGAGCAGUGAGAAUAUUCGUUGGAGGAUUAAGUGAAGCCGUAACCGCCGAAGACAUUCGCAGGUUAUUCGAAUCAUUAGGUACCAUUCAAUCACUCGAAACCAUCCGAACCAAAGGUCGCAGUCUCGCUUACCUUGAUUUCCUCUCCGAUCCUAAAUCCCUUUCCAAACUUUUCAGCAAGUAUAAUGGGUGUGUGUGGAAAGGUGGAAAGCUAAGACUUGAAAAGGCUAAAGAGCAUUAUCUUGAUCGCUUGAAAAAAGAAUGGGAACAAGAUGCGAUGCUUAGUACCGAACCACCAGCUGCUGAUCUUUCUACUCAUAAGGAGGAUUUGGUGAAGGAAAUGCCCAAAUCGAGACGCGCUGCAGAUUUAAAUGAAAAGCCUCUCAAUAUUUUCUUCCCAAGAUUAAGAUCGGUGAAAUCCAUACCAUUUAGUGGAACUGGCAAGCAUAAAUACAGUUUCCAGAAUAUUAAAGUUCCUCCUAUGCCUGUGCAUUUUUGCGAUUGUGAGGAACAUUGUAGUCCUUUUGUCCCAACAAGAGAAAAGUCAUCUAUGAACAGGGAAGCAGAAAUUGGUGGAAUAAAUGAUGAAGAAAUUAACAUAAUGAAUGCUGUGAUGAACAAGCUUCUUGAAAAAGAAAAGGUUCCUGCCACCAAGCAUCUUGUAAAGAAGCAAGAUGCAUUUGAAUCUCGCGAUGCUUUACAUUCUAAUGCAUUGGAAGCAGAUAGUGAAACAGAUGACGACGACGAUGGUAUCAUAAUCAACAUUGCAACGAAGAAAAAUAAAGCAGCUUUAAUAGGGAGCGAAGAACUUGAAAGGGUCAUGGAAAAUCAGGAAUCACGGUCCAAUAAAAUCAAUAUUGAUGAGGAAGAACCCAACAAGAGUAUGCUUCAAGUGCAGAAAGGGAGUAAUAGCAAUCCUAACAAGGUAAAGAAGAAAAAACCACUUCCCAAAUCAGAAAGCAAAAGCAAUGAAGGUGUGUCUAGUACCCCUGUUGGCAAGAGUAAAAUGCAGACUCUUCUAGAUGAUCUGGGGUCUGGUAAACAGUCUACUGAACCAGAAUAUGAUUUUGGUGUACCUGCUAAAGUUUCAUGGUCUCAGAAGUCUUCAUGGAGAGAACUUGUUGGUAAAGGAGGCAAUGCUGCUUUCAGCGCCUCUCUUAUAUUGCCAAAGUUCGAUUCUGGUAAAGAUCAACAAAAUUCUGAUGGUUCUUCAACACCCUCCUGUACGGAUGAUGAAACUGAAAACGUGGAAAUGCCGCUUGGUAAAGGAGGCAAUGCUGCUUUCAGUGCCUCUCUCAUAGGGCCAAAGUUCGAUUCUGAUAAAGAUCAACAAAAUUCUGAUGGUUCUUUAACACCCUCAUCUACAGACGAUGAAACUGAAAACAUGGAAAGCGAUGAAUACCUAGAGAGCAAACCCACCAAUGCACAAGUGAUAGAAGAGCCUUCUGAAUCUUUAACACCCUCAUCUACAGAUGAUGAAACUGAAAACAUGGAAAGCGAUGAAUACCUAGAGAGCAAACCCACCAAUACACAACUGAUAGAAGAGCCUUCUGAAUCUUUAACACCCUCAUCUACAGACGAUGAAACUGAAAACAUGGACAGCGAUGAAUACCUAGAGAGCAAACCCACCAAUGCACAAGUGAUAGAAGAGCCUUCUGAAUCUUUAACACCCUCAUCUACAGAUGAUGAAACUGAAAACAUGGAAAGCGAUGAAUACCUAGAGAGCAAACCCACCAAUACACAACUGAUAGAAGAGCCUUCUGAAUCUUUAACACCCUCAUCUACAGACGAUGAAACUGAAAACAUGGACAGCGAUGAAUACCUAGAGAGCAAACCCACCAAUGCACAAGUGAUAGAAGAGCCUUCUGAAUCUUUAACACCUUCAUCUACAGACGAUGAAACUGAAAACAUGGAAAGUGAUGAAUACCUAGAGAGCAAACCCACCAAUAAUACACAAGUGAUAGAAGAGCCUUCUGAAGCUCAACCUACGAAUGCACAAGCGAUGGAAGAACCUGCCGAAGCUCCACCUAUCAAUAAACAAGCAAUAACUGAACCUGUUGAAACUCAGCAUAACACUGCACCAAAAGAGACCGGCAGAGGCUCUGCAUGGCUGCAAAAGCAAUCCUGGACCCAACUGGUUAAUGAGAAAAACAACUCAUUUAGCAUUUCACAAAUUUUGCCUGGCAUUACUUUCGCAGAACAAACGGCCAAGGAACCCAUUUUGCACCCUGCUGAUUCCAAUGAUUGCAAGCAUAAUGGUGCUGAUAAUAAAACUGUUAACAGAACUAUCAUUGAUGGCUUCAACUUAAGGAAUAUUGUACCAGAGAAUAGUGAGCAUGUUGGUGCCGAUGGUAUAGUUUCUGCUCCAGUAGUUGAGAAAACAAUUGAAACAUGUCCAAGGGAAGGAUCCAGUACAAAGGUUGAAAUAGGAGAAACAUGCUCGUUUAUGAGAAGUGCUGCUUCUUUGAAAGAUUGGGCAAAAGCUAAAGCUGCUGUUAGUGGAUCACUGAAAAGAAAACGUGGUGAGAAGUAAGGGCAUAAUUUUCCAUAUUGAACUACAUGAUCUUAUAUAAGCUGGUAUUUGCUGUUAACCUAUUGGUGUAAUUUGAUGAGGGGGUAGAACUCUACAUCACGGAUUAAUUUUAUGUGAUAGCUAUGUGGUUUUCAUACCAUGGGCAAGUCGAUUUUUGACUGACAUUUGCCUGUUUGAUUGGUUAACACAAUUACAAAAUCUACCCAAUGUGUUUAAUAAUCUCGAUUAACAUAUUUUACUUUU